UCAAUACGACUGCGGAAUUAGUGUUUGCCGGUCGAUGGAAGUCGUAGGCAGUGUAUUAGCCUGUGGAUUAUUUAAAGAAAGCCACGAAAUUACUACGCAGUGGAGCGAAAUUCGAAAGUAACCAUUAAAUUUCGAACUCACUCGCGCAGAGUGGUGCAGUGACGACUAUGAAAAUCGGUCGUUGGCAGUUAGUUUGCCGCAGUGGUGCCUAAAAGAAAGUUGCUUUACAGACACCCACAGUGUACGAAUAUGUUCGAUGACGUUGUGAGUCCUCUGGAAGACGAGGAAAAAUCAUUGUGCUUUCGCGGUCCCUGGGCCUGGCUAGUGCUCAUCACCGUCUGUUGUAUCGGCAUCGCUUUGGUCAUGUGGCUACUGCGCAAAUGCGUGCAAGGCCCCUUCUAUCGCAAAAAGACUCGCAUCGAUGGUAAAGUGGUAAUCGUGACGGGCUGCAACACGGGCAUUGGCAAGGAGACCGCCAUGGAGCUGGCGCGACGUGGUGGCCGCAUUUACAUGGCCUGCCGCGAUGCAGCGCGUUGUGAGUCGGCGCGCAUGGAGAUCAUUGAACGCACGCACAACCAAAAUGUCUUCAAUCGCACACUCGACUUGGCCUCAUUGUCGUCGGUGCGACAGUUUGCCGAGCGUUUCUUGGCAGAGGAACAGCGUUUGGAUAUUCUGAUAAACAACGCUGGCAUCAUGGCCACACCGCGCAAGCUCACCGUCGACGGCUUCGAACAGCAGUUGGGUGUCAACCAUUUGGGUCACUUUUUGUUGACAAACCUGUUGUUAGAACGCCUAAAGUCGACUGCGCCCAGUCGCAUUGUGGUAGUGACUUCGGCGGCAUACAUCUUCGGGCGCAUCAACAAGGAGGACUUGAACAGUGAGAAGCACUAUUCGAAAUUCUUGGGCGCCUAUUGCCAAAGCAAGCUGGCUAACAUCUUAUUCACGCGCAAAUUGGCCGAGUUGCUUAAGAAUACCGGCGUGACCGCCAAUUGCGUGCACCCAGGCAUUGUGCAUACUGAAUUAGGCCGUUACAGUGUGGCGGAGCAUUGGUACAAAUCGAUGUGGUUUCGCAUGUUUAGUUGCUUUGUAAAGACGCCGCAGGCAGGGGCGCAGACCACGUUGCGAGUGGCAUUGGAUCCGGCGCUGGAGAAGUGCUCUGGCGACUAUUAUGCGGACUCGAUGCGACUUCCCUUGCUGCCGAGGGCCAAGGACAAGGAAAUGGCCGAAUGGUUGUGGAAGGAGAGUGAAAAGCUGGUGGGCUUGCAAGGUGGAAACGCGGUGCAAACAAUUGUCGUGAAUCAAUGAAGUAGGUACUAAAGCAAAGGAAUGGUCGAAAGCGAGAAAAAGAGAGAGAGGGAAGUAAGGCGAGCUACAGGAAAGGAGAUUAUACGUAGUAACGAUGUGUCGGUAUAUUUUCCGCUUAUUUUUAGGUAAAUUUUAAGCUUCUGUAUAUCUAUACAUAUUAGAGGGCUGCAUGAAUUCAUUCAAAAGGGCUUAUGAAGUAUUCAUAUACAAAACGAAUGAAUGAUUUUGAAUUGGAGUGAAUACCUGUUCGGAUAUAUGUGUCGACAUUACAAUAUUCAAACAAAGUGAAAAUAAAUUGAAUUGAAUUAAAUGACAAUUUUUUGCAUGAAUAUCCAAAAAU